AUGGCUGGUUCGGCUCGGCGCAUGGCCAGCUUUUUGUUUUUAUUGCUGGUUCUACGCUUAAUAGAUACAGCAGAAGUUUCAGUACGCAUUGGCGCAAUUCUCUCCGACCAGGAUGAGGCUCACAUCGAGAAGGCGCUCACCCAGCUGGCUAGGGUCUUCAAUAAACGCGAAAUCCCUGAAUUUUCGGAUUAUUCUAUUGGUCAGAUGAGCGUGCUACUGGUCCCUAUUAGCGAUGUGGAGGUUUUGAGAACAGAAUUCGAUCGUCUCUAUGCCGCCGGUCUGGACGUGAUCAUCGGCCCGGCUGAUCCGUGGUUGAGCAUGGUUCUGGAGGGGCUUUGCGCUGAGCGGAAGAUGUUUUACAUCAGAAGGGCACCGCAUUGCGAUUUUGUGCAACCGACGGCCAAUACAACGUUUCCUUUGACAGAUUCCUUCGAUAAUGAGCUUCUCACUCUUUUGUUGGAAAAAUGGAAAUGGACCCAAUAUACCGUCAUUUUCUCGCCGGAUACACCGCCUUGCCACCUCCAUGAAAUCAUCCACACCCGCCCUAAUGUUUUCCCCGACUUCCUUGAAAUCAAGGAAAACACCCAGGAAGAAUUUAUGAUGGCCGCCAAUAAGCUGAGGGACCUUUGCGAUCGAAAAUCCUGCUGGAACCAAGUGAAUCGGGUGCUCAUUCUUAUGGACGCGCGGGAUUCGCUCGAGUUUUUGGAUAUGAGCUUGAAGCUCGGGUUGAUAAAUUCGAUCAAUUGGUUUUUGCUGUUUUCCUUGGAUAGCCUUUACGAUCAUAUGGAGCCGUAUUCACACAAUAAAAUGAGAAUUUCCUUGGUGAUGCCAAGAAAUUUACUGGCAGUUACGAAGGAGCGAAAAACCAAAGAAAAUUCUACCGCCCUUAAUUUGCCCGUCAACGCCUCAAUAAUCGAAAUUUGGGAGCUCGGCAUUCAUGGAUUGCCGAUACAUACUGGAACUUGGAAUGGCACCCAACGAAAACUUCAGAUGCAAGCCAAUUCCAUACCCUAUACCCAUGAACAUGCGAUCCAACAAUUAAAAUCGAUGCGAGUUCUAAAGGUGACUACCAUAGCUGAAAAACCAUACGUCAUGGAAAAAGUACUUCCAAGCGGAGAGGUGGUUUACGUUGGCUUCUGCGUUGACCUAUUAAAGCGUUUGGCGGCAAAUCUGAACUUUGAGUUCGAGUUGAGCGUGGUGGCUGAUGGAAAAUAUGGAGAACCAUCGAAGCAAAAUGCGUCACAUUGGGAUGGGAUGAUUGGGGAGAUAUUGUCAGGGGAAGCAGACAUGGCCGUGGCGCCGAUAACCGUUACAGCAUUGAGAUUGGAGGUCGUCGACUUCACUGACCCAUUCCUGCAGCUCGGAAUUUCGAUGUUGAUGCGCAAGCCGGAUCAGAAAAUGAGCGCUCCGAUUACGUCAUUUUUAUUGCCGUUGACUUCUAGAGCCUGGUCCAUCGCCCUGGUCGCCGGCCUCCUCACUACCAUGAUUCUGACUUUUGUCAGCAAUGUCACCGGCGAGGAGAAGAAUGAGCACGGCUUCUCUCUUACUAACGCUGUUUGGUUCCUUGCUUGUAUUCUUUUACGAGCUUCAUCGGGGUAUGGAUGCGCGACGUUUGCCUCGAAGAUCGUUAGCACGACCUGGUGGCUCUUCACGCUCGUCCUCAUCGCCCAGUAUACCGCUAAUUUUGCGGCCGUUCUAACGGUAGAACGCAAAAGUAUGCCGUUUAACUCCUUCGAGGACCUGAGCAAUCAAUCGGAAUAUACAUUUGGAGCGAUUUUUGGCGGAUCUACGGCCCAAUUUUUCAAAUAUUCGCGGAUCGAAACCUUUGAGAAAAUCUGGCAGAAAAUGGCGGCAAACGGGAAUGCUAGUUUUGUGCAGAAAAAUGAUGAGGGUGUGAAUAGGACGUUGGAGCAAAAAUACGUUUUUCUGAUGGAAUCCACCUCCCUGGAAUACCGAGUAGCUCAGAAUUGUAAUCUCACAAAAGUUGGCAAUGUUGUGCUCGGCUCAAAUGGGUAUAGCAUCGCAUUACCUAAAGGUUCCAAAUGGCGUGAAAAAUUAACCCGUCAAAUUCUGGAUUUCAACGAAAAGGGGAUAAUCAUGAUGCUGAAGAAGAAGUGGUGGGCGACGACCGAUGAAAACAAAUGCGAAGAAGGCAGUCAGAUGGUUGGACAGCCGCUAGGCUUGGAUCAUAUGGGAGGGCUAUUCUUACUGCUCUUCCUCGGUCUCCUCGCCGGCCUUCUAGUGGCCAUCGUUGAAAAAGCGUUGUAUAGAUUCUACUUUUCGACCGGCACCCUGGAAGACGCG